ACCACCGCUUGAAUAGCACAGAGUGGCAGCAACAGGUGACGAUUUUGAGCAGAAUUUACGAGUUACGAGUUCGUUUUCCGCACUCUUGAAUCUGUAAUCGGGUUUCAAAAAAUAAUUACAACCGAAAAACCGAUAAAAAUUUAAUUCAAAACUAAUUUUUUUCUUGAAACUUUGCGAGCUAUCAAGCUCCAGAAAAGUUUCAAAAAGUUUUGGGCUGUUGAGCUCACACUGAAGUUCCACCCGAAAAAUUUGAAAAACAUUUUUGAGAGCUGAGGCUCCAAAUUUUUUGAAAAUCUUAGUUGUGAUUGUUGUGUAAGGACUUGUUUUUAGUUGUUUUCGAGUCAAAACUGGGAUUGUGAUCUAAGGGUGGAUCUAGUGAAAGAAUUGUAAAUAUCCGAGUGUAACCCAAGGAAGAGACUUGAGAGGGAGAGAGAGCUUCAAGACAAGGAGAAUCUUCUGAGGAUCUUGAGAGAGAAGUGCCAACUGCAGUGAACUACAAGCCCUAUCCGCGCCUAUUACCAAGGAUGCACCCGACCACCAAACUCUCGCUGAGCCUCGGCUGGCUAUUGGCCAUGUGCUGCCUGCUGACCGCAGCCAAUCAGCUGCAAGGGGAGGGGCCAGCAUCAGCCAACCAGGGCUACCAGCUGGAGGACCUAGGGCUGGAGGAGGCCCCCCCAGACCCCGCCCAGUCACCUGCGGCCUACCUGUUGCCCCGCCUAUUGGCUGAGCGGAUCCGUGAGGGAGAGGGGGGACGCUGGCAACACGUCAUCGAUCCGAAGGUCUAUCUUCUCACUGAGACUGCUAACGAUCAGGACAUGACAGGCGUUCGGAGACUGAAACGCACCAACGGGCCUUCGCUGUCCAUCGUCAACCCACUGGACGUGCUGCGUCAGAGGCUGUUGCUGGAGAUAGCUCGACGACGCAUGCGCCAGUCCGAGGACCAAGUCAUUGCCAACCGACAGUGGCUCAAGACCAUCGGCAAGAGAUCACUCGACCAGCAAAGUUUAAGGGAAAUGAAAAAUUCUUCUGUUCUGAAUCACGGAAGGAAAUGGAAUGGAUUUUUAUAUGGAUGAAUGGACUUAAAAUUAUAUCUAAGAUAAGACCCCGCACGUUCUUCUGACCCCAGAGCUGGAGAAUGAAAAUACCUGAACCUCUACUUCUUGCCAAAAUCAAUUUUUAAAUUGCAUCAUGUCUUCAAAUAAGAUACCUACGUAGAAGAAUCUGUUUUAGAAAAUUUUAAAUUUCAUGUAUUUUUUAUCUCUUUUUUUCUUUUUAUUUAUUUUCUUUAUAUUCAUGUAUUUUGUACAGUGAAGUAGCUGGUCUACUGAUAGGCCUACUGUUAUAUUAUAUAGAAUGAAACAAUUUUGUGUGAAAUUUAUUUUGGAUUGUAUUGAAUCUUAUUGUUUAUAAUGUUUACUUGAAACAAUAACAAUUAUUAUAUAGAAAGAAACAAUUUUGUGUACAAUUUAUUUUGUAUUGUAUUGAAUCUCAUUGUUUAUAAUGUUUA